GUGACUAUGGCACUGACUGGGAAGCCCUCCAACGGACCCCCCAACAGCUCCAGACCUGACCAGUGGAAUACCGUUUUUCCUCAGAAAAAUGAAAUCAUCACCAGUUUAGUUUCUGCCUUAGAUUCUAUGUGUUCUGCACUUUCCAAACUAAAUGCCGAGGUAGCCUGCAUUGCCGUUCAUGAUGAAAGUACCUACGUGGUCGGGACAGAGAAGGGGAGAAUCUUUAUGAACACGAGGAAAGAACUGCAAAUGGAUUUUCACAAGUUCUGCAGAGGUCAGCAGAGGAAAGAGCAGGAGGCAGACUUCCAGAAGAAGGCCAAGGAGUGUGGCCGGAGCAUCCCAAGGGUCUCCCCGCAUCAGGGAUCAGACGUUUACCUACUCAGGAAGAUGGUAGAGGAAGUGUUUGAUGUGCUUUAUAGUGAAGCGCUAGGGAAGAGCAGCGUGGUGCCCUUGCCGUACGAGAAGCUGAUGAAAGAGCCAGGUUUGCUCGCAGUCGCUGGCUUGCCUGAGGGACUCGGCUUCCGGAAGCCCACGGAAUACGACCUGAAAUCCCUGAUGGCGAUAUUGGAGCACAGUCACAGUAUCCGGUUCAGGCUAAAAAGGCCAGCAGACGAGCCCAGCAGAGAGGCGAACCCUAAUGUAGAGUUGAAUUGUACCUCCCUAGCGUCCAAGGGCGGUCGGGAUUCCGGUUCAAAUAACCAGAUCACUAAACCAGCCAGUCAAGACACUCCAUCCACUGUAGCCAUGACCAAUUUCUUAUACGGUGUCUCGCUGCCUACGCAGAUCGCCACGGACCUAAAGCAGGAGAUGUCUGCCAGCCUGCACGGGGUGAAUGCAGCCAGCGAGAUGCUGAUGCCCAGGCCCUCAGGAGAGCUGAAGGUGCCUUCCUCACAGGAGUACAGCGACUGCUGUGGACAGAAAUCGGCAGCCCCGGGUGGCCCGCUCAUCCAGAAUGUGCAUUCGUCAAAGCGCAUCCUCUUCUCCAUCGUCCACGACAAAACAGAUAAAUGGGACAGUUUUAUAAAAGAAACUGAAGAUAUCAACACCCUUAGGGAGUGCGUGCAAAUUCUGUUUAACAGUAGAUAUGCUGAAGCUUUGGGUUUGGACCACAUGGUUCCCGUGCCAUACCGGAAGAUUGCCUGCGAUCCAGAGGCAGUGGAAAUCAUUGGGAUCCCUGACAAAAUACCAUUCAAACGACCCUGCACCUACGGCGUCCCCAAACUCAAACGAAUCCUGGAGGAAAGGCACAACAUCCACUUUGUCAUUAAAAGGAUGUUUGAUGAGAGAAUUUUUACAGGGAAUAAAUUUACCAAAGAUCCAACCAAGCUGGAGCCCUCCAGCCCGUCCGGCGAAAUCUCUCCAGAACCACACCGAAUGACAGUGCUGGACCUGGCAGGGACUCCGCAGGCUAAUAACAGGUCUGAGAAGAGUAGUGUUUCUGAAGACUGUGAACCAGGUACAUCAGCAGAACUGAGUGGGAUCAGACAUAUCAAAAUAGAGCCAGAUGAGUUGGACAUCAUUCAAAUCACUGUCCCAGACCGAUCCCCCAGCUCCGAUGACAUGCAUGACCCAGCGACCAGCCGCAUGACUUCAGAUGAUUCCAGCUACAUGCUAGAAACAGUCACAGUGUCAGAUAAAGAGCCCAGCCAGGAAGAAAAGCCAAUGGAAGAUGGCCUUGGUGACGUUUUAAGCCAUUUGAGGAAACAAGUUGAAACGUUGUUCAACGCACGCUAUGCUAAAGCCAUGGGAAUUUCCGAGCCUGUCAAAGUCCCCUACGCCAAGUUCUUGAUGUACCCAGAAGACCUGUAUGUGGUGGGUUUGCCUGAAGGCAUCUUACUCCGGCGUCCUAACUGUUUUGGGAUUGCAAAGCUAAAAAAGAUCCUGCAAGCUAGCAACAGCAUCCAGUUUGUCAUUAAGAGGCCAGAGCUUCUUGCUGAGGGAAUGAAGGAGACGACCUCAGACAGCCCAGGAACUACGGCGGGCGAGAGAGACUCCAGUGACUCCCUCAUCGAGGAAGCUACCAAGAGACAGGGCUUUCAAGAAAAUUACGACGCCAGGCUUUCGAGAAUAGAUAUUGCCAACACACUGAGGGAGCAAGUUCAGGAUCUGUUCAAUAAGAAAUACGGCGAGGCCUUGGGAAUCAAGUACCCGGUGCAAGUGCCAUACAAGCGGAUUAAAAGCAACCCAGGGUCUGUGAUUAUAGAGGGGCUUCCUCCUGGGAUUCCAUUCAGGAAACCAUGCACUUUUGGCUCGCAGAACCUGGAGAGGAUAUUGGCUGUGGCAGAUAAAAUCAAGUUCACGGUAACGAGACCUUUCCAAGGACUCAUCCCCAAACCUGCCCCUAGACGGAUAACCUCACUGGAAAAAGCUUACGCUGCUUUGAAUGAUGAGGAUGAUGCAAACCGGCUUGGAGAAAAGGUGAUUCUCCGAGAGCAAGUCAAAGAGCUUUUCAAUGAAAAAUACGGAGAGGCUUUGGGAUUGAACCGGCCCGUCCUGGUGCCAUACAAACUGAUCAGGGAUAGUCCUGAUGCUGUGGAAGUUACCGGUCUGCCAGAUGAUAUCCCUUUUCGAAACCCCAACACCUAUGACAUCCACCGGCUGGAGAAGAUCCUGAAAGCGCGAGAGCACAUCCGGAUGGUGAUUAUAAACCAACUCCAACCGUUUGCUGAAAUAUGCACUGAGGCCAAACACACAGAAAAAGACAGCAGUGUUCCCAAACGAAAGCGGAAGAGGAUCUCAGAAGGGAACUCAAUAUCCUCCUCCUCCUCGUCCUCCUCGUCGUCCUCUUCCAAUAUGGAGUCCACGCCCUCAACAAAUCAGAUCUCACUUGUGGUAAAGCCUUCUAAAUGUCAGCCGAGUUACUGCCACUGUCUAGCUCAGGCUAUUUCCCCUGCCACUCAGCGUCCCUUUCCAUCACUGGCCGUAGGACUGCUCUCUCCCCCUCUCUUCGAAUGGAGACACCAGGUCUGGUAAAGAAGGGGAGUGCUAGCUUUUUGAGCCACUGUCCCUUUGUUGCCUCUGGGAAGAGCUGGUUCAUCAGCAGAGCAAGAAGGCCACUUGGCAUCUCUCCUACACCAGCUUCGCAGGGCUGCCAUGAGCUGCUCUCUGUCAUGACGCCUCCUCCCGAUAUACAAAUGCUGCUGUGGGGAAGAUGGUGGCUAGGGCAGGAAUGGCUUAAAGUGCCCUACCACUGAGAACAAACAUUCCCGAUCCUCCUCGCAACUGCCUGGAGCUCGCAUUUGGCAUUGUCACACGGUGACUCAGGCCUGCAAGGUGCACUCUCAGUCCUUUUGACAGCAGCAGACCUGAUGGCAUCUCUUUGUGGGAUCUGCCUUAGAGAGAGGCAAGUUAGAGCCUUUCUCCCCUGAAUGCCCCUCACACCGUUGUGCUCCCUUCAAACUACGCAAGGAGCACGAUAUGGCAAAGAUUAGCUCACGGAGAUGCGGGGUUCUCAGCCUGUGAAAAUAAUUCACAGGUUCCAGACUCAAAUCUGAAGGAUCUAAAAAAGUCCCUGACUCAUAAUAACCAGCUGCGUUCUUCCAUAAACUAGCCCUGUCAAAUGCAAGGAAGCACUGUUCACGUGCUCCAGCUUUCCAUACGCUUUGGCCAUUGUGUUGUGUGGCUCUUUGUUUCGUUUUGGGGGGAGGAGGGGUUGUUUUUGGUUUUUUGUAUAUGCAUUAAAAGAUGAUAAUUUUGGGAAUGGUGUGAAGCGAAAAUUUCCUUGAAGCAGAUACUCAAAGAUGUAAAAUUAAGAACCGACUUCAGUGGAGAUUCAUGGAUCUCUUUCUAGCUAAGGAGCUGACCUUAGUUAUUUAUUAACCGUCAUUUUGAGCAUAAUUUUUAAAAAAAGCAAAAUUUAUUAAUACAUUUAGCAGUUAUUUUGGUAGGUUUUAUGGUGUUUUAUUUUUUUAUUUAUAUAGAAAAUCUUACUUGCAGAGUGGAAGAUUUGCCCUGUGUGUGAGCUUGACAGAAACUUGAUCAAUGUAUGUUUUUGCAAAGUAUUGUGUUCUAACAGCACUUUGCCUUCUCUCUUUCUCUCUUUCAGCAAUGGCCCAUGUACAUGUUAGACUAUGGUGGUCUAAAUGUCCAGAUUCCAGGACCUAUUAACUAUUAGACCUCAAUACUGAAUCAGAACCUCAAAUGACAGAAUAAAUAAAUAAAUGUAAUUUAUGUAAAAAGUGUAUAUUCUAAUAUGUAUCAAUGCCUUUUAGUUUUUCCAAUGAUUUUUACACUAUAUUCCUGCCAUCAAGGCCUUUUUAAAUAAAAAUAAAAAGUGUUGCCUUGCUCUUAA